GAAUAGCGAACGAGCCAGAACGAGCGUUGCCGAGACGAGAACCGGGAGGACGACUGGUGUGGGUAGUGGAACGGAACGGAUGAAUUAUCUAGAAUCGACAAAGAUGUCUCUUAUCAACUAUCUUCUGUUCUAAAACGGUGAAAUGACUGAGAAUGGUUGCGUACAUCUAAGUAAUUUCAAAUCUGCCUGGGGUACGCAGCAUUAUCGUUUAGUUAGUUCGUAUUUUGUCGCUUGUACUUCUGCCGAAGCUCGACUUAGGAAGGCUACAUCAUGCAUUUGUUUCGUGUGUCGUGAAUCUGGACCUAGACUUCACUCGUGCCUCAAUUGUAUUUAUUUUGCAUGCCAUGGAGACCACAUAAAUUCACAUUGUAUAUUAAAUAAACACUAUUUAACAAUUGAUCUCAGUUUUGGUUUUAUACAUUGCAUGUUGUGCUCUGAUUAUGUAUAUGAUGAAGAGCUAUUGAAUAUAGCUAAAGAAAACAAAAUCAAACAAUCAAGAUGUCUCAAUAUAAGUCUUUCUUGGUGGCCUUGGGCUAAUUUAGAUUAUGAUCCUGGUUUGCUAAAAGAUUUUUCCAAGAAUGUACGAAUGAUUUCAAAUAAAUCAACCUUUGGAGUAAGAGGCCUCGUUAAUUUAGGGGGAACCACUUGUUACAUAAAUGCAAUUAUACAGGUUUUGGUUCAUACACCUUUACUCAGAGUUUAUAUGCUAUCAGAAAAGCAUAAGCGUGCUAGCUCAUUUGAUGCAGACAAUGUUGAAUUGGGAUGCCUCAUGUGUGAAUUUGUUAACUUAUUUCAGGAUUAUUAUUCAGGAUCCAUAGUCCCCAUGGCAUUGUAUAGACUCCUUUAUUUUAUAUGGAAUCAUGCUGCUCAUUUGGCUAGUGAUGAACAGCAUGAUGCUCAUGAGUUACUUACUGCUCUGAUAGAUUUAUUACAUUUGCAUUGCCAAAGUUCAGUACCUCAUUCUGUGUCACCGCAAAGAGUAUGUUUGGAUUUUGAUGGUGUUCCACUUCCUUCUAUAAGAUCGUACAAAAUCGAGAGAUGUGAUUGCAUAAUAGAUCAGAUUUUUACAGGAGAAUUGAAAAGUGUCAUUGUUUGCCAAACCUGCAAGUCAGUUUCAACAAAGAUAGAACCAAUUCGUGAUAUAUCUAUUGAUCUGGGGAAUGAGGCAGGAGGUGCUUGCAGCCUUCUUGAUUGUUUGAAGAGUUAUACAUGUGCUGAAACUGAUAUAAACUUCAACUGUGAAAAUUGUCAAGAUAAUAGAAAAUCAACCAAGCAGUUAUCUUUCAAAUCGCUGCCUAUUGUGUUCUGUUUUCAAUUGAAGCGAUUUGAAAUGACAAAGCUUAUGAAAAUAUCAAAGAAAAUAUCUUUUCCUGCACAAAUAGAUAUGGUAGAGUUUAUGUCUGUAUCAAGAUCUUCUUUAUCAGGAGACUCAGAUGCAGAUUCAGGAUUUGCAGAUCACUCAUUAUUAAUGGAAGACAAUAGAUAUUUUUUAUUUGCUGUUGUUAAUCAUCAUGGUGUUACCUUGGGAAGUGGUCAUUAUACUGCUUAUGUUCGUCAUUAUCAAGAUUUUUGGAUUAAAUGUGAUGAUGGUAAUGUCACAUCAGCUAAUCUAGCAGAUGUAUUGGAAAGUGAAGGGUAUCUUCUGUUUUAUCAUAAGUAUGUAUUACAAUAUGAAUAGGCUUUGGAUUCAAACAAAACAUCAAUGUGGUCGUUAUUAAAUGGUUCAAUAACUGAAAGUUAAGAGUGAAAGUUUCAGUGUGAAUUUAAGUGAAAGGCUCAUGAAAUUGACUGUGACACUACAC